AUGCUUAUUCCAACAAAACCUGCACCUAAUUUCAAAGGAAAAGCUGUCAUAAAUGGUACAUUUAAACAAAUCAGUUUACAAGAUUAUUUGGGCAAAUAUGUUGUAUUAUUCUUUUAUCCUGCAGAUUUUACGUUUGUCUGUCCAACUGAAAUUAUAGCAUAUAGUGAACGCGUUGAAGAUUUUGAAAAAAGAAAUUGUCAAGUUAUUGCCUGUUCAACAGAUUCUGAAUAUUGUCAUUUGGCAUGGACAAAUAUGGACCGUAAAGCAGGUGGACUAGGUCCAAUGAAAAUACCACUUUUAGCUGAUACAACAAAAUGUAUUUCACGAUCAUAUGGUGUACUCGAUGAAGAAGAGGGUAAUGCAUUCAGAGGAUUAUUUAUAAUUGAUGGUAAAGGCAUACUCCGUCAGAUAACAGUAAAUGAUCGUCCAGUUGGUCGGUCUGUCGAUGAAACUAUACGACUGUUGGAUGCAUUUCAAUUCGUAGAAAAACAUGGCGAAGUAUGUCCAGCUAACUGGAAAGCUGGUAAGAAAACAAUUAAACCAGAUCCAAAUGCUAGUAAAGAGUUUUUUGCUUCGUCUACAGAAAAUGUCCCUGUUCACUAA